AUGUCUUGGAAGAAUAAGGCCAACACAAAGAAGACCAGUAUCAGCACUAGUUGCUUCAAAUGCGGGGAAGCUGGACACAUGAUCAAAGACUGUCCAGCAUGGAAGAAUGACAAAGGAGGACAGAAGGAGAAGAGGAUGACAAAGAGAGGUAUGCUAGCUGCCUGGGGUGAUUCUGAUUCAAGUGGUGAAAGCGAGGAGGAUGAAGCCCUAGUUUGUGUGACUGCACUGAUUGGGGACAUAGAGCAGAGGCAGACCAGUUCAGGGAGAAAGGGAGACAUAUAUUAUAGGUCAGAAGGCAUGACAUAUGCAAGUGGUGUUCUGAAAAUGAAGGAUGAAGCAAAGGGUGAUGCAGCUGGUGUAGGGACCAUUGAGCGAGCAGAAUCAGAUGAUGCAAGCAUGAUGAACACUGUUACUGAGUUGUGUUCUGCACUUCAGGAAUCCUACAAGAGGAUUGAGGUUCGCCUUGACAGAGCUGGCAUUCAGUCAAGAAAGGAUUCUGAAGAGAAGGAAGAUUCAUCUGCUGCUACAGGCGAUGGUGAUGAUGAACUGGUUUCUGAGGAGAAGGAAGAAGAGGAGGCUGAGGAAGAUGAAGAAGCUGCUUCAGAGGACCUCGAGGAAGACGAGGAGGGAGAUGAGACUGAACAUGACUUUGGAGCAGAUUAA